UUAGAGAGCCCGAGAGGAGCUGGGCGGCAGGGACAAGGGCCCAGCAUGGCAGAAUCUGGGUCCCUACCCACCGGCUUCGGGGAGCUGGAGGUGUUGGCUGUGGGGACGGUGCUGCUGGUAGAAGCGCUCACCGGCCUCUGCCUCAAUAGUCUCACCAUCCUCUCUUUCUGCAAGAUGCCAGAGCUGCGGACCCCUACCCACCUGCUGGUGCUGAGCCUGGCUCUGGCAGACUCUGGGAUCAGCCUGAACGCCCUCGUUGCAGCCACAGCCAGCCUCCGCCGGAGCUGGCCCUAUGGCUCCGAUGGCUGCCAGGCUCACGGUUUCCAGGGCUUUGUGACAGCGCUGGCCAGCAUCUGCAGCACCGCGGCUGUCGCCUGGGGGCGCUAUCACCACUACUGCAUGCGCAGCCAACUGGCAUGGGACACGGCCAUCUCCUUGGUGAUCUGUGUGUGGCUGUCUUCUGCCUUCUGGGCAGCACUGCCCCUCCUGGGCUGGGGCCGCUAUGACUACGAGCCUCUGGGAACGUGUUGCACCCUGGAUUACUCCCGGGGGGACAGAAACUUCAUCAGUUUCCUCUUCACCAUGGCCUUUUUCAACUUCUUCCUGCCUCUCUUCAUCACAGUCAUAUCAUAUCAGCUCAUGGAGCAGAAACUCAGGAAGACGGGCCACCUCCAGGUGAACACCACUCUGCCGGCCAGGACACUGCUGUUCGGCUGGGGCCCCUAUGCCCUCCUGUAUCUCUCUGCAGCGAUCGUGGAUGUGAGCUCCAUCUCCCCCAAGCUGCAGAUGGUGCCUGCCCUCAUUGCCAAAACAGUGCCCACGAUUAAUGCCAUCAACUAUGCCCUGGGCAGCGAGAUGGUCCACAAGGGCAUUUGGCAGUGCCUCUCACCCCAGAGAAGCGAGCAGGACCGAACCCGGUGAGGUUCUCUGGGGGGCUGCUCGGACCCAGGCCCACCCCCAACACCCUGGACUGAGCCCCCUGCUAGGAGGCUGCCCCAGAGUCCUGCCCAGCAACCUCAGAAGCCAAGCUCCAGACACUCAUUCACCGCCCACCUCCCCACGCCC